GAUUCCUACGCUCUUGUUGUUCGAGUGCCACUAACAGCCGAGGACACGGAGCCCGUGAGGACGUUCCUCUUGAACCGUGUGAAGGGUGGAGACGCAGUUCACUUAAAGGGCUUUGAGAGUGAACCCAUAUUCCCCUCUUUGGCGGCUUUUGUGCACGACCAUACUAUUCACCAAGGUGCUCUUCCCGUCCUUCUCAAGCUGCCCAUGAGAAGCGCACUCUCAAGCAACUACCUAGCCGGACAACAGAGCCCCUUACCGGGUCGCCAAACUUCCGGCGGCUUGGAUUUCGUUUGUGACGUUUUGUAUUUGGGAAGUAUGGACGUCUUCCCACUGCAAGGGGAGUCAGCCGUCAGACGAGCGGUAGAACAGGUGCUCUCACAGGCUAACAAUCCCACCAAGGGACUGAAGAAGAAAUGUGAGGCAACGGUGCUCUGUUCAGUUGACAAGGGCAUUACAAUUGUCGACAAAAACAGCACCCGUUUCACAAAGAAAUCAAUCCCUGCCAACAAGAUCCUCUACUGUGCCUACGAUCCUGAGGAACGAGUAUUCAAUGCUAUUGAAUUGAAGAAUCGUGGGGUCGCCGAUUCUCUAAUUUUCGCGAUAGUUGUGAAGAAGACACGUUUCACCAUGACAGAGCACGCAGCCUACGUGAUGUGCCAAUUGGAGCCGAACCAGCCGAGCUCAAAUCUCAUCAAUUUCAUUAAUCAACACCUACCUGUCCACUUCCGUUAA